AUGGAAGAAGAACGAAGUCGCGAUGAACGAGAUUUGGAAAGUAGCGUUAGAGCAUUUUAUUGGGGCAAAUGGAUGUCUAAAUGGAUUGGUGUUUGGCCAUUGGCACCAAAUUUCUAUCUAUUUAAUGUGACAUUCGCAUAUUUUACCGCCGUAAUGCUACUGGAGUAUGUUGAUCUUUUUUUUUGUUUGCCAAAUUUUGAAAAAGUACUCGACAACCUUACGGAAAAUUUGUCCUUUACGAUUAUUUAUGUGCGCACAUUAAUGCUGAGGGUACACAAUUACAAGCUUGGCAAUGCGAUACGAGAAUGUUUGAAGGAUUCAAGUGUCAGUGCAUUUAGAAACUCGAAAGAAAUAGAUAUUUUUGUGCAAUAUACCAAAGAAGGUAAAUUUUUUGCCAAAUUCGUCAUAGCUUUUGCUGCAAUGACUGAAACUUCUUGGUAUUUGCGGCCGAUAACAUCGCAUACAGCGAUACGAGUGAUAGCUGAUAAUGAGACACUAAAUAAUGUAACGUUGAAGUUCAGUUUGCCGUUUCACUUUUAUGUUUUUUACGAAAUAAAUAGCAUUAAAACUUAUGCACUUACAUAUCUUUCGCAUGGUCCAUUUGUACCGAUCAAUGGUUUUGGUACCGCUAGUGCUAAUUGUUUUUUGAUAGCACUUUCAUUCCAUAUUAGCGGUCGGCUGGCUGUUUUAGCUGAAAGAAUAAAGACAUUGAAAGAUUAUCCUGAUUCGUAUAAAAGAGAAUUGAAGUUGAUUAUUGAUGAACAUAUUAGACUUUUGAGAAUGGGAGAAGAUGUUAAGAUUUCUUAUGGUGUUAAUUUAUUAGUAUAUCUAUUGAAUGGGACGAUACUUUUAUGUAUUAUUGGAUACCAAAUACUAUUGACACUUACAGUCGGACCAAGAACAAAUAUAAUGCCUUUUAUCGUUUAUAUAAUGACAAUGUAUAUGGUGAUAUCAAUUUUUUGUAUUCUCAGCGAAAAUUUAAUUGCUGAGAGUAAUAAAGUUUGCGAAGCGUUUUGGACUUGCGGUUGGUACGAUAUGCCACCGGAUUGUAUCAGUGACGUAUAUUAUUGCAUUGCCCGAUCCCAAAAACCUUUGGCGCUAACUGCUGGUAAAUUUUUGACUUUUGGCUACGGUACAAUAACAGACGUCACUCGGACUGCCGUCGGAUAUUUGUCAGUAUUAAGAAAUUUUUUGCUCCUAGAGGAAUGA